CGGCGGCGGGGCCGGUGGCUGGCCUGCACGCACAGUGGAUAUUUUUUUCCUGCUGUUUUGUAGGAUUUUUUUUCAAGGAAGGAGUUUUCGGCAAAUGCAUGCCUAACGACGUCAAGUCUGAGCCGUUACGCCACAUCAGCUUUUGUGGGCUUCACAUGUCAUAAUCGUCAUCAAAACGACCAAAACAGCCAACUAGUGUUUUUUGCAAAAAAUUAAAAAAAAUUAGUGAUUUUUGGCAGAAUUCCAUAGACUUGUGGUUCGUGUAAACCUAGCCUUCAAUGUCGAUGUUUCGUGCAAUUCACUCACCUCCACCUCUUCUUCAGCACGGUGCUCAACCACUUCGGGCUCGCCCCGGGCCAGCUCGCGCCUAACGGCUGGCGCGCCCUGGCGGGCUUCGUCGUGCUCUCCCACUUGGCCGGCGUCGAGCCGUCGCUAGCCGUGUUCCGGCACUUCUUCGCGCUGCGCCUGUGUCCGCCGCACAGGUUCUACAGCUUCCGCGGCAAGGAUGCUGCCGGCCUGCUCUUCGGCCGGAUUCGCAGGACAAUGCGGGGUUGGAAGGAGGAGUUCUUCUUCUUGGAGUCGUCGGCGCCGUGGCCGUGCCCCGUGGAGUGGGGGGAGCCUUCCAGGUCCUCCACCAUGGAUCCGGCCCUCACCGUCGAGGAGAAGGCCGUGGCGGAGAAGCUGCUGUGUGCUCGAGGGAGUUCUCCGAUCGAUCUCAGCACGUAUCUCCACAACCGCAACAUGGCCGCGGCCAAGAUCAUCGGGGCACCAUCACGGCCGCCAACUCCUCAAGGCGCGCCUGUUGUUGUCGCCACGGAGGACAUUCUGGCAGAGAAGGCAGCAACGGCCGCGGCCGCGCGCGCGUCGGCGGGGAAGGUGACGGUGAAGAGCGAGCCGGACUGCAAGGCGCCUCCUUGUGCGCUGUCGCUUGGGAAGAGAAGGAAGCUGGAGAAGGACCCAGCGGUCGACGGCGAGAGCUCGGCGUCGGACCCCUCUUGCCCGCCGGGCUUCUCCUCCACCCGCUGGAAGCCGCCGUCCGGGACAAGCAAGGAUGGUGAAGAACGGCAGUGCGCGCUCCAGCAGCACCGCGACGGCUGCUGCAGGGCACCAUCACGCCGUCCCGGGGGCGCGAGCUCGCCGCCUCCAAGCCGGCCGACGUCGUCGCCUCAAGCUACGUGUCAUUGUUACAGGGUGCGCAGGCGGCGAACGAGGUGGCAUUCUCGCUGGGGCACGCUCUGGAGCUGGAGGAGAAGCUGAGGGCGCGCGAGCGCGAGGCGGACACGCUCCGGGAGGAGCUGGGCAGGAAGACGAAGGCGCUGGAGCACGACGGCGCCGUCGCGGACGCGCUGCGGGCGGAGCUGCGCAAGGCGAUGGCCAAGCUCGCCGAGUCCAAGGCGGACGCGGAAACGGCGGAGCGGCGUGGGUACGAGCGCGGCAUGGAGGACAUGAAGCGCGCCGCGCUGCGCCGCCACCUGAAACUCGACCCGGCACGGCUUGUCGUGCCUCUCCACGGUCCCCCAUAGCUGCGGUGACCGCCUGACCGCCAGGCCGGCCACGGCCAGAGCGCACGUCGAUCGAUCUGCGUGUGUGUGCCUAUGGCUGUCAUCUGCAAUUCUCACUUUGGUUUCACAUGGAUCUUGGCAAUGCAUCAGAGGAUCUUCAUCUCUAAAUUUUAUUAGUCGUCAAACA